ACAACGGUUGAUCGUGUCUCGACGAGUAAAGUUUGUUCCAACUAAUAUAUAUGCGUCUAGUCGUCGAAAGUAUUGAAGAGUAUUUAACAGAAGUUGUAAGUUGGUUCAUUAAGCUUCGUAAUUUAACGUUAAAAUAAUGUCGGAUAUAUCGAAAUGGGAAUCAAUAGUGCAGGAAACUAUUGUAAAACUUCGAAGUGCAUUCUCCCAUUUAAACAAAAUAUGGGAAGACAUAGGAUUCAACGAAGAAACCUGUACUGUAUAUUGCGAACAAGCAUCCAAUCACAUAAAGACUCUAUUAAAUGAAAUGGUUUCCGAAUCAGAGUCAAAGAAAGAUAUAAUCUUAAACAACGUUAAAGAACUAAUGGAACAAAUCGCUGUAUUAUCAAAAGAAUUAGGAACGGAUGUAGCGAUUAAUGGAUAUGAGGAAUUACCAUUAAAAGAAAUAGAGCAAGUACUUAUCACAGAUCUACAUAAAUUACAAUACUGCAAGGAACAGCGUAUGGUACGUUUAAAAGAAUUACUUGCAAAAGAAAGACUUCUUUGUAAAUCAUUGGGCACUCAACCGAUUAAUAUAGAAGAGAAAUUACCUUCUGAGGAAGAAGUUAACAGUUUUAAACUUUACCUUGAAAAACAAGAAGCUGAGAAAAAUCGUUUAGAAGCUAUGUUUAAGGAAAUGCGUAGAGCAGUUGUUAUAAUGAUGGAUGAUUUAGGUAUAUCACCAUCUACAAAUUUUGAACAUUUAGUAUAUAAGGAUAGUGAGAAUUUUGUAUUUAAUAGUAGUAACAUGAGCAAAUUGAGGGAACUUAGAGAUGAACUUAAACAUCAAGUAGAUCAAGCAAAGGAACAUGUAGAAGAUAUUAAACACGAAUUAAUUGCAUUAUGGAAAUAUCUUGAUGAACCUCAAGAUAUUUGCCAAUCAUUUCUUAAUAGCUAUGUAGGAUAUAGUGUUGCAACCAUAAAUGCAUUGGCAUCAGAAUUAGAACGAUGUAAAGAAAAAAGAAGACAAAACAUUGCCAAAUAUGUAGCACAAGUAAGAUCUGAAUUGGCUAGGCUAUGGGACUUAUGUAAAUUUAGCGAACAACAAAGAAAACAAUUUAUACAUUAUAAUUCUGAUACAUAUACAGAAGACUUAUUAACUUUACACGAACUUGAAGUAAAACGAGUUCAAGAGUUUUAUGAAGCCAAUAAGUCUAUAUUUGAACUUUUAAAAGAACGUGAUAACUUAUGGAUAAAAAUGAAGGAAUUGUUGCAACGCGCGAAUAAUCCCGAUCGAUUUUAUAAUCGUGGAGGUCAAUUGUUAAUGGAAGAAAAAGAACGUAAAACAAUCCAGAAAAAAUUGCCGAAAAUAGAAGAGCAACUUCAAAGUUUAAUAAAAGAAUAUGAAAGUCAGCAUGGUGAAGUAUUUACCAUAAAUGGGGUGUCUAUAGAAGAAUUGUUACAAGAAUCAUGGGAACAUCUAAAUGAAGAAAAAGAAACAAUAAAGCAAGCAAGAAAAGAAGCAAAAGACAAAUCAGUGAAAAAAGUAACAUUAAGUGCCUCUAAAAAGGCUGCUUCAAGUUCAACAAAGAAAACUCCAACUGUAUUAAGUACGCGACAUCAUACGCCGCUUAGUUCAUCAAAGAGAAAACUAUUAUUUACUGCUUCUCCAAAUGCCACAGCAAAACGUAGAAAUGUAUCCAUAGUAGGUAGUGGAUCUAAACUUCGAAAAAGUGGAAGAAUUGUCAAGAAUACACGAUGCUCCGGAAAUAAAAAUUCUGAGAAGGAAAACUCAAUAUCCCAAAGUUCAUUAGAUACAACUUAUAGUCAGUUUAAAGAACACUUGAAAGAUAAACAGGAAUUACGUAGCUCUUUAUUAUCAGAAAAAGUAUUAUUCAAUGCAAAUAAAUCUAAAAUGAGGACCCCAGUAAGAACACCUGUUAAACCAUCAAGAAAAAAUUUGUUAACUCCAACAGGUGUGGCAACAGGAACACCUUCAAAGUUCCCACAAUCACAAUUGCAUAGAUCACCUCGAAGUCCCAGAACUGCACAAUCAUCAACAAGGCUUGCAGUUACAACACCCUUACCCAUAAUAUUUUAAAGCCCAUGUAAAUCUAUAAACAAGUAUUUUUUACUUUCAUAA